UUCCAAUCUCGCAAAGCAUCCACCAAUAGACACACCCGAUAAAUCUCCUUCCCCAUUUUUAACUCCCCUUCUCUCUCCCUCGCCCUGUUCCCACAAACCGCGUCUCCCGUUUCUCGGGCCUUCCCACAAAUCUCCUCCUAGAGGGAGAGAGAAAGCAAGAGGGCGGGCGGGAGGGAGAUAGCAGGAAGAAAGAGGAGCAAGGCCUCUCUGGAUCAGAACCAAGAUUCGAACUAGUCAGAUCAUCAGUCAUGGUUCUUGAUUCAUUAUCAUCUCCUCACAGGAGAUCACAAAACACAUUCUUCCUGUCAUCUCCUAGGAAGCCUCAAUCAUCUCGUGAUGACGCGGGCAGUUGGUCUGCACUGGUUGAGCGGCAUCGCUUCCUCUUGACAACACUAGUGGUGCUUGCCUUCCUGUGCACCAUCUAUUUGUACUUUGCAGUAACCUUGGGGUCACCAAAUGCUUGCUCAGGAUUGACAGGCGAUGAAAUGGCUGUAUGUCAGGAAAAAUCUGUCCUGCAUCAUGGGAAGUUGAAAUAUCUCUAACUCCAUCGUCUUGUCAAAUGAUACCAAUUGGUGAAGACCAGAUUAUUCAGGUUUAUGAUGCGCUUGUGGUCAGUCGCGUCUUAUUCUUUAUACCUUGAAUCUGUAUGUUUAUGGUGGUGGAUGCUGGAUGGGCUUGUAUUGAUGCUGAUGUAGUGAUGUGCAAUUCUGUGAGACAUACCAUGCCAGUAGCGGCAGUACUUCUAAUGGAGUGAUAGAGGGAAUUGUCUGUCCUGAACAAGGGUAUAAUGGAUUGUGUCACCAUUUUAUUGUUUGUCAUGGUGUGCUAAAAACAUCAUGGUACUAGUGAUACUGCCAUGCUACGCUGUAAUCCACUUCAAACUCAAAUGCUUGUUGAUUCUUGGUAGAAGUUCUCUCAAUGUCCGGCUUGUUAA